CCGAGCCAGGAUGUCUAUUCAAGGGGAAGACAAUCCUAGUUUCCAGAUGGACGAAAUUAUUGGGGAUGUACCUCAUUGUCGUGCAGGCAGUCUCAGGCGGAGUCGAACCAUUGAAAACCUUGCUGAAGGGGAAGACGAAGUAACAACACAACACCAACAUGAAUGGGACAGAUUUGAACAGAAACAUGAGAAACUUAUGUCUACAUCUGCUGAAAAUAAACAGUGGAGAUCCACCAGGGACAGAAUCUGUAAGAUUGUUACUAUCCUCCUCUUGUUCCUUGUCAACCUGUCACUACUAGUCGUCUCAAAACUCUCCAUCCUUAGUCUAACAAGUCACCUGGGCAAAACUCUGACGCAAGGGUCAGAAACCCAUGGGCCAGUUGUCGAAGUGAGACUCGUCUGGGCACUGCUACUCUGUCUCGUGAUUCCGAGUGUGAUGAACCUAAUUAUCAGCACCUGGAGACUUUGUAUACAGACCAGGGAAGAGGACAGGGAAAAGAAAAAUAUCAAAGAAAAAAUAAAGGCGAUAUUGCCCAUUGGUGUGUGUUUGGCGACUGAGUUGGUUCACUCCCUUGGGAUUCUUCUUCUGACAUUCCUGGUCUUUCCACACCUGCACCCAAUUACCGGAUGUGUUUUGAUGUCAACAGUUGGUCUCGUCCCGUGUAUCACUCGACUUCUUUCAGGAUGGUGCAAUGGUCACACCACUUUGAAAAUUAACAUCCUUAAAUUCGUUCUUGCCUUUUUAUAUAUAGCCAAUUUUGUCUCAUGGCGAGUUCUCUCCCGCGCUCAAACUACCAUUUCAUUGACAGUUCUACUUCCCGUAAGUGUCCUUAUGCUCUCUGUUAAGUGGUGGGAUAAUUAUGUUGGCAAACCCUUUGGAUUAUCGAAGAAGACAACACAGCCACAUGCUUUGAGGGAGUUCAUUGUAUCACUGAUACAGAUAGCAACCCAAUUCCUUUCGACCAGUAUCUUCUUUGGGUACAGUGACAGAGCAACCUGUAUAAGGACGUUAUUUGGUUUCGAGAGAGGAGCAAGAGAAUGUUCUAUAUUCGGUAAUAUUGUGCUUCUAAACGACAACAGUAAAUUAGAUGAAAUAUGUUCAACAAACUUCUUCUUCACCACAGCAGGAACAGCAAUACUAUGUGGAGCCAUAUUUCAUAUCUUGGCUGUUGCGGCCUGCAAGGCACACAUUCAGAUCCCUUGCUUUUCACUUCCAUUACUGUUUUCAACACCAACAACGCUUGGGCUGCUAUGGCUGGUUUACUAUUUUGGAGAUAAAUCUUAUCUUGUGUGUUUCUUUAAAAACAUUACAUCCAUGGACAAUAUGUUCGGAGGUGUUGACACACCAACGUGGAUUUGUGGCAGUGUGAGUUGGAUUCUCUUCUUUCUGGUAUUUGGACAUAUAUGGUUCCCGACUGAAGAAAGGCUUGCUAAAAGGGAAAAGUUAUUCGUCAGACCUUUCUAUUGUGGAAUACUUGUCGGCGAAUCGCUGACGCUGUCCAGAAGAAUGGCUACCGAAGCAAGGAACAUUGAAGAACAAGUAUGUGUCAAGCAAGCUAAAGAGGAGGACGUACCCUUGGUCAUCGCAUGUGUAACAAUGUGGCACGAGACUGAACGAGAAAUGACUCAAGUUUUGAAAUCAAUUUACAGACUGGCCAUAGAUAGUGGCGCAACACGGGCAUGGGCUGAUAUAAAACAGAAUCCUACAUAUACCGCCCCUAAGGAACCGAAUCAGAAACAGCGCAAUAUGAGUACAAGGAAGGCCCCAAAACAAGAAACCCAAAAUACAGACAGUUCGAAUGAUGACAGAUACAACUUUGAAGCGCAUAUAUUCCUUGACGACGCGUUUGAAGGAACAGAUCGUGGAGAUGAGGCUCGAUUCAACACGUGGACUGAACAGUUGAUACAAGUUGUGCAGGAGGUUGCUGGAAAAACCACAAAAGCGUCGUAUCGUCCAACUCCCUAUGGAGGAAAAAUCGCCUGGACAUUACCUGGAGUUAGGGAAACGGCCCUGACGGCGCACUUGAAGGACAAAACAAAAAUCAGAAAUAAGAAACGCUGGAGUCAGGUAAUGUAUCUGUACUACCUCCUCGGAUUCCGGUGCAAGAAGGAGGAUAAGCUGGACAAUAUAUUUCUGUUGGCCUUGGAUGGGGAUGUGGACUUUCAGGAUGGUGCUGUAAAGAUGUUGUUGGACCGGAUGAGGCGAGACCCGGAUGUAGGAGCAGCUUGUGGAAGGAUACAUCCUAUUGGAAUAGGAACUGGUCCAAUUCUGUGGUACCAGAAAUUUGAAUAUGCGGUGAGUCACUGGCUGCAGAAGGCUGCAGAGCAUGUUACAGGAUGUGUUCUCUGCAGCCCUGGCUGUUUCAGUUUGUACAGAGCCUCUGCACUAACGUCCAAGGAUGUCAUACGGAAGUAUGCCACCAUGUCAACCGAAGCAAGACAUUUUGUUCAAUACGACCAAGGCGAGGAUCGAUGGUUAUGUACCUUGUUACUUCAACGAGGCCACAAAAUUGAAUACUGCGCAGCUUCCGAUUCAUUCACUUUUGCCCCAGAAGGAUUUGGAGAGUUCUUUAACCAACGGAAACGAUGGAAUCCAUCAACGAUAGCAAACAUGCUCGACCUGUUAAGCGGCUGGAAACACCUGACCAAGCUGAACAAGAACAUAUCCUCAAUCUUUCUAAUGUAUGAGACGGCAUUGAUGGUGUGUCUGCUCUUGACUCCUGGUACAAUCUUUCUUUUAAUCAUUGGUGCUAUCAACGUGGCCUUUCCCGGGAUACCACUGUAUGGAGCGCUCAUGUUCAAUCUUAUUCCUGUUGGUGUCUUCAUUCUUGUUUGUCUAUACACUCAAGUCAAAACUCAGAUCCAAGUGGCUGGAGUCCUCUGCAUCUUCUACAUGCUGUUGAUGAUGAUGGUACUGGUAGGGCUUGUCCUUCAAGCAGACAAGCAUGGCUACUGCUCUGUCACCACUAUCUUCCUCAUCACCAUCCUUGGGAUAUUCUUUUCCUGUGCACUUCUUCACCCGCAAGAGUUCAGCUGUAUCUUUGCUGGUGUCGUUUAUUUCUUCUUCACGCCAACGAUGUCAAUGUUGAUGGUCAUCUAUUCUUUGUGCAACCUUAACAGCAUCUCAUGGGGAACACGGGAGGGGAAACGGGCAGCCAGAACUGAACAAAACAGUGAUGGUCAGGGGAGACAACUCCAAUCGGUUUGGUCACGAUUGACAAAAGGCGCAAGUGCAAGUUCUCUUUGCCGAUGUAUGUGUUUGGCUCGAGAGGAAAACAGAAAUAUACUGGAUAAGUUGGACAACAUUGAAAAGAUAUUGCAACAGCCACGUGAUCAAGUUGAUAACUGGUCUCAAGAUAGGGCGUACAAUAUUCCCACGCACUCAGCUCAAGAACGGUUCAUUAAGGCACGGGAGGACGACGGCGAAGAUAGAUUCUGGAAAGAACUCAUUGAAAAAUACUUACAACCUCAAACUGCCCAACUUGAAUACCAUGACAAAAUCCAGAGAGACUUGAAGGAGCUGAGAAAUAUGUCAUGCUUAUUGUUUCUUGUGGCAAAUAGUCUUCUUAUCAUUCUUGUCCUUACACUUCAAAUGACCCCACAGCUCACCAUAAGCCUUCCUUGCAAAAGUGAAAGGUUCGUAGGGGAGGACUUCGAGCCUAUAUCUGUGACAUUUAUGAUUGUUUUCGGCGCAGUGCUUGUGGUACAGUUCACAGCAAUGUUGAUCCACCGAUUCUCGACUUUUAUUCAUAUCAUUUCAACAACAGAUAUUCGACAAAAGUCUCAGAGGAGCGAAGACAAGCACAAUGAUAAAGCCGCCAUUACCAUAAUGAAGUUUAUCAUAUCAUAUCACCUGAAGAGCUUACACAAUAAGCCAUUCUCCGCAAACAGAACUGCUUCGGAUGAACCAGAUGGUGCAAGUCAAAGUUUUGAGAAGGAUUUUGUCGAUACAUGUAGGAAACUCUGUGAAGAGAGGGAUGAAGUGGAUGCCCAACAACUAUCAUCAAUAGAGACGUUGACAAUAGCACACAUUGCAAAGAAAGUAAAAACAACAGAGGCUUGCGUGAAGAAGAUUAUGAAAAGAGUGAAUGACAGAAACAGAGAGACAAAAGAGAUUAGAAGGCAAAUCAUCAAUAGCACAGUACCUGAUGAUGUAUCAGGCUCAUCCAGAGUUUCAUCUUCAAACGCUAAUAUACAUCAAACUAGCGUUAAAGAAGUAUCUACGUCUAUCUUUGUCCAUAGGGUUAAUGAAGACCAAAAUAACACCAAGUGUGAUGAAACAGAUUCGUCAGCAGCUAUGUUCAACACUAGCAGUCGUACACGCGUGUGGGAACUUGGCCGAAGGAAUGAUAUCAUAUCGGAGGAUUUUUCGUACCAGUCAGGGCAAAGAAGACCACCACAAAGAAGAAGAGUUUCAUCCAAACAUGUUUUGAAGGCACGGCCAUCUGAAGUUCCUGUCGAAGUGUACAGGCCAUCUCAUCCCCACGCAGUGGAUAUCAAUGCCCUGAAAAACGAAACAAAAUUGUAAAAAUCAAUAAUUCAAUACAAACCAUUAUCAUGAAAUGACUACCAAAAGAACAAUAUGUCAUUCCUAAUUUACAACUGACAGUGCAUUCAAGGCUUGUUCUGUUUCGUUGGGAUCCAUGUUUGAAACAAAACAAGGAAAGAUUCAGCUGGGGUUUGAAAGAACAAAAACAGGAACAAAUUCACAUUGGGAAAUUGUUACAUUGUGACUUAGUUUUACAAUCAUCAACAAACGUAAGAUCAUAAGAUAAGUAAUGUUGUUGAAGCAUAAUGAUUCGUUUACAUUGUUUAUUGCUAUCUAGUUACAUACUUAUGUUAGCACAUAUUAUUUGAAUUUGUAUUCCUGUUAAUUGUACUAAUGUCUCUUAUACAUAUAACAUAUGUCAUUUUUACACUUAGAUGUAGACUCAGUGUAUUACCAGUUGUUCUAUGCCACAGUGAGCAAUUUUCCAGCCAUAUCACAAGAGUUCGUAAAUAAUAAAAUCUGGACCAGGAAAAUCACUGGGUAGUAGCAUGAUCAACGUCCCGUGCCUUCUCGUGUAUUAUGAUACACAAUCAGCCAAGGCAUAGCGCGGACCACUCGAUCCCCAUUUUCGUUAGCAUAUACGACAGGCAUUAAGUAACGGGGGCCUGUUCUGACACGGAACUUCAACAGGUAUCUUGAGAAACUUACAUACUACAGUAACGGUUUAGACUUAUAUGUACGAGGGGCGUUCUGUAAGUUUUGCAACUUUAAUAUAAGACCAAGUCGCAGAAUAUCUUUUGCACUUUUAGUUUUCAUUAUAAUCUUCAUUCACCUCAGUACACUUAUUCCAUUUGUCCUUCGAGCUUUUAAUACCACUUUUUUAGAAAUUCGCAGAUUGGCCCUCUAACCACGCCUCUGUGGCAGCUUUUUUGUCCUCGUCGUCCUGGAAGCAUCUUCCACGUAGGGCAGAUUUCAUUUGCCGGAACAGGAAAUAGUCACUGGGGGCUAAGUCUGGGCUGUAGGGUGGGUGAUUUAACUGUGUGUGCAAAACUUAUUGAACGCCCCUCGUACAUAUAGGAUAUAUAUAUGUAUUUUGCAAUAUGUGUAUUUUCCUAUGAGUAAGCUUCAUUUAACUGUUUGUGUAUUUAUUUAUUGCUCCUAGUUAAGCUCAAUGAUUAGCGAUUAGGACAAACAUAAACAUAAACUUUUCCUAUUUUAAUUUAUUCUUGCUUGCUUUUAUCAUAUAUAGGUAAGGCAUGAAGCUGCCAUGGAUACCUUAAGU